UACUCGCGUACACGCUGGUAUUGUAUGCCGCAUUUUCUACGCUAUCGACAGACCGUUACACUCGCGCGCUGCGCAUAUUCCUUCGCGUCACGUACGCUAAGGCUUCGACAAGGUUACGAAGACUCGGACCUUACAGAUCUACCUCCCUAUCGCUCAAACUCACCACUCGCUCAUCUCGCUCGAAUCGACCUCGACGUUCUCACAUUCACUUCCCUGGUCCCCUCGACUAGCGUUCCGAGCACGCCUGUCAUGUCCACAACUGUUGCCAAAGAAUUUUCCGAAGUCCCGAAGCUGUCGUCCGAUGGCUCGAACUAUCGCAUAUGGCUUGGCCGCGUCGAACGCGCUGCCGGUGCCUGUGAAGCAGAGGAGUUGCUUGUUCGCGCGGCGGAUGCUUCUUCGGCUGCAGAAUAUUCAAGAAGUAUAUCAGUGUCACGGAAGUUCACUCCGUGAUGUCUGGCUUGAAGAUGGAGUUCGGGAUGUCCACUGCUGCUUCCGAAGCAUGGACAGAGGCGAAGCUUUUCUCGCUACGCUGCAAUUAAUGCCAUCACCACAUCGAUUCCCCGCUCCUUCACUCCUGUCGUCACUGCCAUCACAACUGCUACUGACAUUUAUAACUCGACUCUGGGAGCUGGCGCCACGCGCCGCAUUGUAACCUCCGCAGAGAUUGUCAAAGCGCUCCGCGCUGAAGCAGAUUCACGCGCGGUCCUCAAGGUCACUGACAAGAACGUUACAGCUAAUGCUGCAUUCACCAAUGGACGUGGCGGGACACAAGGACGCGGACG